UCUCCGCUCACUUCCUCUCCAAACCGCGCCUGGGACGGGGGCUGGCAGUCUACAGCCCCGAAAGAAAACACAAUGUAAAAGUAUAAAAAGAACACACAACGCAAACUGUAGAUUUUUCUAAGUAUUCGUUCCAUGACUUCCGCCAGUCAACGCAUCGUAACAACGCUUGCUGUUUGGAAGAGAGCGAAUGGCCAGUGAAGGCACAGAGUAAUCCCGUGAAAGGAGGAGUAGCGAAAAGGAUCGGAGGACCAAUUUGCAGCGUGCAGACGUAUACCAUGCAGAUGAGUGAUGGCCCCAGUCGCGUCCCUGUCUUUGUGGCCCCACCCAACGGUAACCUCCGGUCGCCAGGAUGCGUCUCCGGCAGGGUCAUACCUGUCCGCUCCCCACCUCCGGCCAAGGCCCCACCCCCUCCCCCUCUGAAGCUCAUUGGCCCGCCUCCUGAGUGCCGGGCAACCUUUAACCUAUCAGAGGAGGGCCAGCACCGGGAGCGUGCUCAGGUUCUGAGGAAGAACACCUUCAUCUGCUUUAGUGUCUCCCUGGGGGCCUUUUUCCUCUUGCUCAUCCUCAUCCUCAGCCUCACCAGUGGAGACGUGUUGGACGAGAACUGUCCAGACCACAGCCCCUCCCUGAGCAGCUGGAACCCAGGUCACAACCCAGAGAAGGCCAUGGUCGUCCGAGGGGGAGAUCUGUUUCGAUUGGACUCUUCUGCUACCUUCUACUCCCUAACCAUCCAAUCAGGAGGCCGAGUGGUCUUUGCAGACAAUACUGAGGGCUCCAAAAACAUCACUCUCAGAACGCGUAAUGUGCUGAUUGAAGACGGGGGUUCGCUGCACAUCGGUGCCCCCAAAUGCCGCUAUCGCUCCCGGGCCACCAUCACCCUCCUGGGCCGUUCAGACGAGAAGGCCGUAGCAGAAGUACCGGAACUGGGCCGGAAGUUCAUUGGGGUGCGUGGAGGCGCAACCCUGGAGCUUCACGGGACAGAGAGGCUGUCGUGGACCCUCCUGACCCGCAGCAUCCCGUCCUCAGGCCUAGCCACGGGGGGCUAUGCCUUUCAGCGCAACUUUAGCCGUGGCAUCAACCUGCGUGUGGUGGACCAGGACACAGCCGCUGUUCUGUUCACCGAGCGCUACGACACAUAUGACUCACGGAACGACAGCCGGCGGCUUAUGCAUCUUCUCCAGUCGCUGCCUGCGGGGCGCAUCGUCACGCUGGCCGUGGGAGACUCUGCCACCAAGAACCUGCUGGACGAGACCAAGAGAACCAUCCAGAGCUUGCUGGGUAGUACCUACGUCCAUGACCUCAAAUACAGGCAGGCCUGGGCACUGGUAUCUGUAAUUGGUGGAGGGAACGGCUCGUGUUCCGAGGACGUGCGGGAACAUGAGAACCAUGACACGGGAGGAAAGGCGCUGGCCCGGAAGAACUUCACCACUGUGGACGGGGUCGGCUUCUCUGUCACCGCGUACAGCGAAUGGAGGAACGGUUUUCCCAUAUCUGGGUUCCAGGUGGAUGCUGUGGACCAGGUAGUCCUCAACCUUCAGGAUGAUGUACACACCUGGCAACCCGGGAACCAUGUUGUGGUUGCGAGUACUGACUAUUCCAUGCAUCAGGCAGAGGAGUUCACACUCCUUCCCUGCCCCCACUGCACCAGCAGACAGGUCAGAGUUCAAGGGAGGCCCCAGUUUGGUCACAUGGGGGAGAUUGUGGACGGGGUGGACAUGCGAGCGGAGGUGGCACUGCUCAGCAGGAACAUACUCAUCUAUGGGGAGAUGGAAAACACCUGCUAUGGAAACAACUGGUGCCAGUUCUUUGGCCACGACACGUAUGGCGGACACAUCAAGAUAUUUGGGAACUUCACUUCGGUGCACCUGUCCCAUGUGGAGCUGAGGAACAUGGGGCAGCAGGAGCAGGGCCGCUACCCGGUCCACUUCCACCGCUGUGGGGAUGUUGACUGGCGAGGGGGCUACCGGGAACCAGCCUACGUGGACGGCCUCUCCAUCCACCACUCCUUCUCCCGCUGCAUCACCAUCCACGCCACCAAUGGCCUGCUGCGUUUCCCAAAUGUUUCUCCUCUCCAGGUGAAGGACACUGUAGGCUAUGACACCCUGGGUCACUGUUUCUUCCUGGAGGACGGGAUGGAGCAGAGGAACACGUUCUUCCACAACCUGGGUUUGGUGACCCGACCAGGAACACUCCUGCCCACCGACCGCAACGAGACCAUGUGCACCAGCAUCAGAGACAAAGUGUAUAAGAACUAUACACCUUCGCCGAGCAUGGAGUGCAAGGCAGUGUCUACGUUCUGGAUCGCCAACCCCAAUAAUAACCUCAUAAGCAACGCUGCUGCUGGCUCCCAGGAUGCUGGGAUAUGGUAUGUGUUCCACAGCUCAUCCACAGGGGACUCUCAUGGGCUGUUUCCAGAGACCCGGGCAGAACUGACCCCUCUGGGGAUCUUCUACAACAACCGUGUGCACUCCAACUUUAAGGCUGGGCUCUUCAUUGAUAAAGGUGUGAAGACCACCAAUGCCAGUGCUGCAGACCCCCGGGAGUACCUGUGUCUGGACAACAACGCCAGGUUCCGUCCACAUGAGAAUGCAGACCCAAACCGUCCCAGGGUGGCUGCUCUCAUCGACACACUCAUCGCCUUUAAGAACAAUGACCUCGGAGCCUGGAUACGAGGCGGUGACAUUACCAUUCAGAACUCUGGAUUUGCAGACAAUGGGGUGGGACUCUCCUUUGCGAGUGACGGUAGUUAUCCCAAGGACGAGGGUUCCAGUCAGGAAGUGACUCAGUCUCUGUUUGUGGGAGAGAGCCGGAACCGUGGCUUCAACGGAGGCCAGAACAAGUACUGGGGCCAGGGAGGAGCAGACGGCAAGAUGAGGACACUACCCAGGAACAGGACGUUCCCGAUCCGCGGCUUCCAGAUCUAUGACGGUCCUGUGCGGAUCACUCAGAGCACAUUCCGAAAUUACAUCCCGACGAAGGAGCGUUUCACCAGCGCGGUGGGUUUCAACCUAAAGAACACCUGGCAGCUCACACCACGCAACAACCUGUCCAAGCUCAGCUUCCAGCCCACUGUGGGUCUGAGGGCAUUCUUCGGGCGUCCGGGCCAGUGGUUCGACGAGAAUGAUCUGGACGGGGAUAAGAACUCCAUCUUCCAUGACGUGGACGGCUCUGUGACGGGCUACAGGGACACGUAUGUAGGCAGAGCAGACAACUACCUGAUCCGUCACCCCGGCUGUAUCAACAUCACCCAGUGGAACGGAGUGGUCUGCAGUGGCACCUACUCUCAGGUGUAUAUCCAGACCCAGGGAGCUUCCAGCCUCAGUCUGUCCAUCAGUAGAGAUGACUACCCUGAGGCUCCUCUGGUGCUGAGGGGUAUUAACAGCCAAGGGGCGCUGUCCCAGCAGUACCAGCCUAUCCUCAUGAUGAGCAAGAGCUACACCCUGCAUUGGAACGGCCCGGCUCCCAGAGAGAUUGUCCUUUCCCUCAUUAACUUCAACCAAGGUGACUGGGUGCUGGUGGGUCUCUGCUACCCGUCCGACACCACCUUCCAGGUCAUGGCUGACAUCAACGACCGCCAGAGUAACAUUUUCGAUGACAUCAGCGACUAUGGGCCUGUGUUCUCCCUCGCUGAACUGGAGAAGAGGCUGCUGGAGAGGAAGUAUUUCUUUGACCGCAGUGUGGGCUUGCUGUGGCUGUAUUUGCGGGCGAGGCAGGGGCGCGAUGGCCACAGUUACUGCUCGGUUAAGGGUUGCGAGAGAGUGAAGGUGAUGGCCACCACGUCGUCCUCCAAACUGACCUGUAACUGCACGGCCAAGGCCUACCCCAAAUACACCAAGACUCCCUCGGCAGUGGUCCCCAUGCCCACCCUCAGCAACCAACCAUGCAAGGACUGUGGGGCCUCCCAGCUGGUGUUUUCCAGUGACCCGUGGAACUCCUACCUCCAAACUCAGAUCAAAUCGCUCAGCAGCAAGGAGCAGCAGACUGGAGACACACAAUCCUUUAUCACUGUGAACAGUGAGACAUUCUCCUUCACAGAGCCAGGCAUCUUCCUGGUCUCUGUUGAUGCCUGCUCUGGAAAAGUCACAAAUAAGAGAUUUUUCUCCAAAAUGGACUCCAAAAUGGAGGAGUAUCUUAAAACUGGAUUACCAAAGAGGUCAAUAGUGCUUCUGGGAACGCGAGGGCAGCCCGAUGGCUUGGUCAGUGUUGCACGAUAUCUGGUCCCCCUGGGAAUGACUAAGGCAGCAGAUCUGCAGAGUAAAGAGAGCCUGGUGUUUUGGGGGUUCCAGGGUGGCUCUGCCUCCCCUCCGUGGGCCUCCAUCCUGGUUGGGCAGGGUGAGGAGGGGCUGGGGCUGCAGGAGCGCUACCUCCCCCUGGGCCUGGAGGCCUAUGGCUGCACACAGACCGGCACACGCAGAGACCUGGAGCUACUGAGGACCGCCACAGGACCACAAUGACAAAUGUAAACACAAUUUAACCAAAACACAACCAACCAGCAAAUGAAUGUGAACUGCUGAACUUUUAUUUAUUUUAUUGGCAAAGAUGUUUAAUAAUUUGGGGGGUAAUUUACUGUGUGUAUGUGUGUGUGUGUGUGUGUGUGUGUGUUAUAUUUGACUGGGAACUGGGAAUCAAUGGGGAUGGACCCAGAAUGGAAUUAUAAGAGCAAAUUAACAAAGUAAGUAACCACAUCAAACUUGUGUGGUCUGACACUUGUAUCAGUUACCUGAUGGGUUGUUGGUUCAGGCCAGCGUUUGACCUGUCUGCUGCUCACCACGUCCAUAGACGAAACACAUCAUUUAGAAGAAGACUGAAUUAGCAAAUCAAAGGAAAAACUGUGUUUCCUCACUCCUUUUUCCUGCAGUUUUUUUGCAUGUCCCUGGAGGCAUUUUGUUCAGCGACUAGAUCUGUUAAGGGCAGCUGUAUCUUAAUGAAAACAUUUUGUAUUAGAUUCCGUUGAGAUUGUUGUAUUUCCAACAAACCUUUUUUCCCCAGGAUGUGUCCUUUUUUGUUCCAUAUUUAUUUGAUCUCUACACAGUGACACUUUCCCCUGGGGCUGGCUACGCAUGCAGCAGAGAUGGUUUGUUUCUCUUUUUCUUCUCAUUAUCUUACCAUUGAAACUGCAUUUCCAACUAAUUUACCUUUUAGUAUGGUCAUGUAUGUUGUUAAUUACGUAUAAAUGCCAAACGUAUGUGUUACAGGGGGGACAUUUUACAAGGUAAAUCUGGUCUUGAAACGAACACAGACUAGUAGUCCAUACCAAAACCAUGGCUUACUGUACCUCUGUGGCCUCAGCAGGUGAUUUGAAAAGGGGCUCCCCCACUGUGCCGGCGAUUAGUGACUUUCUGUAUGUGAUUGGGUGCAUUCAUUUUAGCUCGCCCGGUGAAGAUUUCACUUUAAGAUCUAAGAAAUGGUCAAGAAACUCUGCCUACUCAGUGCCCUGGACGAGUUAAAAUGAAUGCAACCAUUGUGAGAGAGCCUCUGAAGAGAAGGACCUGCUUUUUAACCACUGUUCUGUUGUAAAUAAGAUGUUUUUGUUAUGCAAAUGCUUUUAAGAUGCACACUCCAAAUUGAGCACUUUGAAUAGGAUUGAGUAUUGAGGGAUGUUGAGAAGCUGUCUGUAUACUGUGAGAGUGCCUUUCAAUUUGCUGUGAGUUGUAUUUGAAAUGUUGAAUCACUAUACUCAUGAGAGUUUAUUUCUUUAAUCAAACCUUUAUAUUUGAAUUCUCACAUCCUCAGUGCUCUUCUGAAAUUGCAGAGAUGAUAACUUUGUGAUAAAGUGUCCUGUCAUCAUU